GCAACAUGAAGCUCAAAGCGCUAAGAAGCGCCAGCUUCCUAUUGUUAGUACUAGUAAUCUCAACAGCCUCGGCUGCCAGACAAAACCCCCUCAAGAAUCCCAAAGUCUGUGGUCGUCCCCAGUGUGAUAAUCAAAACAAUAAAUUCGGCUACAGCGACAAUAUCUACAAAUACGAAUACAAUGCCCAGGUGACCACUGAAUUUGCCGGCACCGGUGACGAUACCUCCGAUUUAACGGUUAAGGCUGAUGUUGAGCUCCUGUUCCCCAAGCCAUGUGAAGGUUUCUUGCGCAUUACCUCGGCCCAUUUGUCGGAUGACAAAAAUGGUGCCGGUGAACAUGCCAAGACCCCUGCCUUGCAGCAAGAUCUCACCAAGAACGUUUUACGUUUUGAUUUCCAUGAUGGUCUCAUCAAUGAAGUUUGUCCCGAUCAAACUGAACCUGCUUGGGUAUUGAACUUCAAGAAGGGUAUCUUGUCCGCUUUUCAAAAUACCAUGUUGCGUUUUGAUGUUGAUUUCAAUACCACCGAAACUGAUGUUUCCGGUACCUGUGGUGUUCAAUAUACUUUGGCUUCAACCGAUAAUGCCUUUGUUACCAUUCGCAAGGAAAAGGAUAUUCGUAGCUGCCACAGCCGUUUCUCCACCCACUCGUUCUUGCAAACUGUUCCAUACACCUUCAGUGGUGGUGACAAUAGUGUCUUCCCUGUUUUGGAUACUCAAAGUUAUUGUAAUCUGACCAUUGAUAACCACAUCUACCGUGAAAUCAACUGCUUUGAACGUCAUCAAUUGAUCCCCUUCUCGAAGAAACAAUCUGGUGCCGUCACCACUGUUCACUAUAGCUUGGUCUUCAAGGGAGAACAAAACUAUAGCCCCGGUGAAUUCUUGGAUCAAAAUGCCAAGGACAUCAAGAAACGUUCCCCACUCACCUUCGAUCACACUCCCUCGGUUAAACCCACCCAUGGUGAAAUCAAGGCCUCUCGUGAACUCUUGAAGCAAAUGUGUGCCGCCGGUUCCCCAAAAAUCCAACGUGAAUUCAUUGAUGUCUUCACCAAGUUCUUGCAGACAACCAAACACUUGGACUACAAAGCCUUGAAUCAAUUGUUGCAACGUUCCGGCAGCAUUUGUGCCAAUGGAAGAAACCACGUUUUGGAAUCCUUGCCCUACAUUGGCAGCACCGCCUCCUACCAGGUGAUGCGCGAUCAAAUCGUUGACGAUAAAUUCGAUGAGAAAAUUGCCCGCAGCUGGAUGACUUCCAUGUCGUUCAUCCAAAGACCCGAUGAGACCACCUUGGACACCUUCUUCACCAUUUUGGAAUUCUCCCGCAAGAAGGCCAACGCUGAAUACACCUUGGGUGCCUCCGCCGUUGUCCACAACUACUGCAAACACCAUGAAAACUGUGGCCAAAACAACAAAAUCAAGCGCAUUGUCAACCUCUUGGAAACCGAAUUCUUGAGCUUGUACAACAUGUUCAAGGGUGAGAGACGUAACCGUGAACGUAUGGUUGUCAUCUUGAAGGGUUUGGGUAACAUUGGUGUCAUCUCGGACAGCUUUGCCGCUCAACUCCAGGACAUCAUCAGCACCGAAUCCAAUAACUUGGAAUUGCGUUUGGAAUCCGUUUUGGCCUUCCGUCGUGUCGACUGCAUGAAAUACCGUCAAUUCUUCUUGGACAUCUACGCCAAAUACAAUUUGAACUCCGAAGUCAGAACCCUUGCCUAUUUGCAGGCUAUGCGCUGCCCUGACUACCAAUCUGUGGGUCGCAUCAAGCAAAUUUUGCAACGCGAAGAAGUCAACCAAGUCGGCUCUUUCGUCUACUCCCACCUCAAGAAUUUGGCCAAGUCCUCCUCACCCACCCGCAUUGAAGUCCAAGGUCUCUUGCAAGCCGAUGACCUCCCCGACAAAUUCAAAAUGGACAUUCGCAAGUUCUCCCGCAACUACGAUUUCUCCGUGUUCUUCGAUGAAUACAAUGUAGGUGCCACCACCGAUUUGAAUGUCAUCUUCGGAACUGACUCCUAUUUGCCACGCAUGGCCAACUGGAACUUCACUACCGAAUUGUUCGGCCAAUCUGUCAACUUCUUUGAAAUCUCUGCCCGUGCUGAAGGCUUCGAACAGGCCAUUUCUGGUUUGUUCGGUGCCCAAGGUCCCUUCAAUGCCGAAUUCUUCGGCGAGAAAUUGGCUUUCCUCACCAACAUGGUCAACCCCGAGAAUCCCGAAGGUGCUGGUGCCCUCAACAACUACUUGAACUUGGAUAACUUCCGUUUCAAGCGUGAUGUUGAAUCUACCCAAGAUCAUUUGGUCGAAGAGGUUGAAGAAGACAACUACAACUUCGAAGAGGAAUUGUACAGACCCCGUCGUGCUGCCCCACCUGCCCGCAACCGUAAACAACAAGUCCGCAAGCAGGUUAAGGAUAUCGGCUACCAAACCGACAACAACCACGGCAAACAAAGUGCCCAAAUCGGCUUGAGAAUCUUCGGCAAUGACGUCCGUUAUUACUCUAUGGAAGAAGCUAUGGAAUUGUUCGACCGUUUCAAGGACUUCGAUCCCAUUGACCACAUCUCCAAAUUGUUGAGUGGCCAAGAGGUUACCUUCAGCAAGAGCCGUGUAUUCCUCGAUACCUCCUACAAUGUCCCCUUGGCUGUCGGUUUGCCUUUGGCCAUCCAUGCCUAUGGUGCCUCCUCCGUCGAUAUGCGCAUGUUCGGCAACUUCGAAAAGUUGGGAGCUGAAGAAGAACUGAACUACGAUGUCAAUGGCAAGUUCAAGCCUUCCGUGUCCGUCGAUGUCAUUACCUCCAUGCAAUCUGACUUCUUCUAUGCCGGCACCGGUAUCAAGGUCAAGAGCAACGUCUACUCCAACUCCGAAAUUGAAGUCAGCUUGAAGAUCCGUGGCAAGAACGAUGUGUCCUUCACCUUCGAUUUGCCACAAGAAACCAACGAAAUCUUCAGUGCCCGCUCUGAACUCUUGGUCCUCUACAAGGACAAGGAAGUACCCCAAAAGGGUAUUGAACACCGUCGCUCCAACAACACCUGCACCUGGCCUGUUUUGGAGAAGGCUAUCGGUUUGCAAUUGUGCUCUGACUUCAGUGUACCCGAUGUCACCGCCGGCGGUGAAGACAAGGUUUACCCUGGUCUUUUGCUCAGCGGUCCCAUGGAAUUCAAUGUUAAAUUGAAGAAAUCCGAUCCUUCUGCCCACAAAUAUGUCUUCGACUACAAAUUCGAAAAGAAGACCAAGGAUGAUUCUGUGUGGUCCCUCAAAUUCCACACUCCAGGCUCUUCGGUCAAACGUGAAGCUCUUACCAAGGUCGUCAGCCAACGUGACAACUUCAAAGCCACCUUGUCGAUGGUAAGCGGACGCUCCGAAGUUGCUGCCGGCUGCAAUUACCAAAAUCAACCCAACGAUCGUCGUUUGGAUGUGUACAUGGACACCAAUGGCAAGAGGAACUUCGACCUCAAUGUCCAACUUGUCCGCUGGCAAGAUCGCACCACCCUAAUGUACAAACCCAAGAUGUUGUUGGCCAUCAAUGGCGUCAAUGUCACCGGUUUGAUUGGCAGCAUUCGUGUGAACGAAAAGAAUGGCAUCUCCCAGAAUGGCUUUGAGCUGUCCUUCGAGACCAAGAAAUUGCAGGCUGUCGUUAAGGGCGAAUAUGUCCAAAAUGAGGUGACCACCUCCACCAAUUUGUCCAUUAACUAUCGCUUCCAAUCGAACAAGGUUGAGACCAUUAACUUCGAAGCCAAAUUGCAGAAUACUGGCGAUAAGUCCAAGACCGAAUAUCAAGGUAAUGCUAAAUUGACCUCCUCGGCCUAUCCUAAAUUGAACUUUAUCGGUGAUGCCACCUGGCUCAGCUUGCAAGGACACACUGAGGGUAAACUGACCUUCAACACCGGUCCCAAAUUCUUGGACACCAAACAGGCUAGCACCUUGCGUUUGAUCUUCGCACGCAACUACAAUGAAGAUCAGGCUGCUGAGGGUUCCCACACCAGAGCCAGUUUUGAAAUUAAGGUACCCAAAUCCAAGAUGGACUACAAGAUUUCAUUCAAACACGAAGAACGCACCAAGAACGGUACCGAACACAAUGUUGUUUUGGGUCUACGUUACGCCCCCGAAAAGGAAGCCACCGGUUUGUUCUCCAUCCACUUGCCCAGACGCAACCUCUUCGCUGUCGAUGCCUACUUCAACAUUACCGUACCCGAAUUCGAUUCCUGCACUGCCCGCUUGAAGUUGACCGAAGCCCCCGCCAAGAACUACCAAGUCAAUCUUAGCGGUUCCUGGUUCACUGGUCACUCCGUUUCCGUCAAGGGUAACUACAAGGACAAGAGCUCUCGUGUCCAAAGCUUGCACAACAUGAAGAUCAUUGUGGAGAGUCCUUCCUUCAAGCCAACCACUAUCAACGUGGUAUAUCGCCGCAACCAACAGCUAUUCUCCUUCGAUGUCCAAUCGAAAUACGACAAGGAUCCCUACGCCCUGACCGUGCAAUACAACGAGAAUGCUGCCAACAAGAACAGCAACGGUGAGUUGCGUUUGAAACUCAAGGAUAAGGAAUACUGGGCCAUUGCCAAGCUGUCGGAACAACCCAAGUCUUUGCAAGUUGAAAUCCAUUUGGACAAAUUGCGUGAUAUCCACAUCAAGGCCAAUGUCGUCGAUUUGGACAAACGUAAGGAACUGAACUUCGAAUUGAAAUGGGAUGCCAACCGUGAUCCUGCCCAACGUUUGGCCUUGUUGGUCGAAUUCAACAACCCCGGCAAUGAUCGUUAUGAUGGCAAUGUCAUGAUCACCUAUCCCGAUCGCACCAUCAGUGCUGGCUUCGAAGCCUUUACCGGUGGCCCAGAAUACCAUGGUUCGGCCCGUCUUAGCUGGAGCACCAAUGAUUUGAUCACUUUCAGCUACAACGUUGGUCUGAUGCCCGGCAAGGAAAUCAACAACUGGGUCCAUGCUGAACUCAACACUCCAUUCCAAGGCUGGCGUCGCAACAGUUUGAAGGCCGGUCUCUACAGCAGCGAUAACUUGUGGUUGGCCAACUCCACUUUGCUGUGGGCCGACAACCAAGAGCUCGACCUUACCUUCAAGGCUGAUCACAAAAUGCAAGGUCCCGUCAUUAGCGUUGACUUCUUGGUCGGCGUUAACAGUACCGUCAAGGGCAUUCCUGAGGCCAGUGUUAAAUUGAGCCACUACCAAGACAAGAAGAAGUACGAUACCUUGGUCUCGCUGAUCUACUCCGGCCCCGUCGAACUCAACGAAUACAGCAUCAAAUCCGUGUGGGAGGUAACCAAGAGCGGUCCCACCGAUAACAUUUCCGGUACCGUCUUGAUUGUGACACCCUUCGAAGGAUACCGCAAGGGUGGUUUGGCUGCCCAAUUGAGCCUGAGCGACAAGCACGACAUUAAGGGUGCCGCCACUCUGGACUUUGAAAACCGCCAAUUCACCUUCAACGUUGAUGGCUACAUUCGCAAGUUGGCCGACAGCAAGUUGACCAUCUACAUCACCACCCCCUUGGAGAAAUACCGCAACUUGGAAGCCCGCUUCGGUUUGAACGAGAAACAACGCCACGUUGUUGCUGAAGUUCGCUCCCCUGAUGGUGCCUUGGGUGUUGAGAUUUUGGCUGACUUCGUUUCGCUCAUGGACUUCGAUGUCAAAUUGAGCGUUGCUACCCCCAUUGAGAACUUCAAGCAGGCCGCCGUCGUUGCCAAGGUUAAGCCCACAACUGUUGAUGUACGCGGUACCUACAACAACGCCACCUUGGGCUUCACUGGUGUCUGGCGCAUGGACAGCGUUACCGACUUCGAAUACUCUUACACCGUCUACACACCCUUGGCCGGUUUCGAAGAGAGCGGCUUUGUCGCCAAAUUCGUUGCCAAGGAUGAAUUCGUUUUGGAAUUGCACGGUCGCCUGGCCCAACACAAGGGUGGUGUCAAGAUUAACGGUCAUCCCAAGUCGAAAUUGUUGAAACAAUUGGGCGGCAACAAGGUCCAAUUGGAGGUGUUGUACGAUGACGAUUUCCGCCCAACCGGUGUUGAUCCUCGCGAUUACGAUCCCAGCCAAGUCGACUACAAUGAAUUCAUGUCGUACACCGUUAACUUCGAAAUCGAUCCCGUUGUCUUUGACAGCAUCCACGGUGGUGUUGAUAUCCAAGAGGUUUUGGACUUCUAUUUGGUUGUUGGUCAUGUCCAAUGGCCUGAGGGCAGAAUUGAUUUCAAGGAUCGUCUAUACUAUCCCGACUACGUUAACGCCUUGAAUGUCUUCACCGUGAACACUCCCUUCGAAUCGGUACGCGAAUUCAAAUCCAUUAUCCAAUACAGCGUGGACUUGAACACCUUCACUUUCUCUGAGAAUGUUAAAUUCGUGUUGCGUGACAGCACUGCCGAACCUAAGAUCACCUCCCUACAAGUUGAAUACAAGAAAUUGACGGAUUCCGUUAAGCCCAACGAACACAGUGUCGAAAUUGUCAUCAAGACUCCUUUGAUUGUCUUGUCGGAAAUGAGCGUAACCGGUAAACUGCAAUUGGAGGAGAAUGUCUAUCGCGGUAAUAUUACCUCACGUACACCCAGCACUUUUGUUACCUUGGCUGCUGCUUUGGAGAUCGAAGAGAACUUCACCGAAUCCUCGGUGGACUUCAUCUUGAACACCGAUGUUGUACCCUACUACGCCUGCCGUGCCUACUUCAAGAACGACUUCAACGAUAAGGACAACACCGUCGACUUCCAAUUGUCGGUCACCGACAACGAUGUCGUCAACGAAAUCAAGGUUGGCACUGCCUGGCACAAGGACCCCGCCCACUUGGUUGAUGUGAAGGGUCACAUUUCAACCACCAUGUUGCCCUUGAAAUUGGCCGAAACCUCCUUGAAGGUUCUCACCCAACCCAACCCUGAAUUGAGCUUCGAUUUGACUGUCGUUGGACGCAAUGGUGAACGUGUCGACUAUGGCACCCGUGCCAGCAAGAAGAGCGAUGCCAUCGAUGUUGAGGUCUGGACUCCCAUUGAGGACUUCCGUAACAUCUCCAUGCACGGCUCCCUGACCCAAUCGCCCAACAAUCCCAACGAAUACAGUGUCAGUGGUAAAUUGUACCGCAACACCCACACCUACGGUCUCAAUGGUAUUAUCAAGAUGGCCAAUGGCUAUCCUGCCGAUACCCGUCUACGUGUCCAACCUGCUGCUGGUGGCCCUGAUGGUGUCAUCGAAUUCAGCGUUUCCGAACCUCAAGGCAAUAGCAAGGGCUACAACUUCCAAUUCAGUGCCAUCCAAGAGGGUAAGAUGUGCCAGAUUUCUGGUGGUUACUCGGCUAGCGAUGAAGCCGGAGUUGACUUCUCCAUGUUGGUUGAGUCCUCCGUGCCCGAAUUGAAACGCAUCAACUUCAAUGGUCAAUUCCGCCCACGCGGCAAGGGCCACACCGUUGGUGAUGUUGCCUUGGAAACCCCCUGGAAGGAAUUCGGUAUUGAAAAUGUGAAAUUGCACUCCGACUUGAACCUGAAGAAGGAUGGCGGUAAGGUGGCUGGUGAAUAUCGCAUUGGCGAAAAUGUCGGUCGCGGUAGCUGCUCAUGGACCUGGAUUUUGGCUGAAAACAUGCAAUUGGCUUUGGAAUCGCAUUUGCAACGUCCCAACACUAAGGCCCGCAAUGUCUAUGCCAGUGCCAAGUAUUUGAAUCCCAAGAAGGACUUCCAGAAAUUGUCGACCGCUGUGAAAAUGGACGUCGAUUCACAAUGGAAAUUGGAAGCUAACGGUACCUUGAAUUAUCGUUCUCAAGAUGAUAUUCAAGCUGCUUUGGUUACCUCCUUGCCUAAACCAGUUGGUGAUACUCACAAUCUGAACUUCCGUUAUCGCGGUAAUUUGAUUGCCAAGAAGGGUGUCAAACCGGAAUUCUUCAUUGAAGGCAAAUACAAAUCGAAGGAUGCUCAGAAGAAUUGUUUGGGUCGUGUAUCGUACAAGAAUGCUACCGAUUUGCAAGCUUUAGCUCAUUUGGAAUGGGGAGAGAAGAAGGAUGUUUCCGUCGUUGAAGGUGAUUUCCAUAUGUUGAGAAAGAACAAGGUACGCCGUGAAUUCUAUACGAAAUUGGUGACACCCAAAUACAAGGAUGAGGAUACUUUCUUGGUGAAGGGUAGCUAUGAUUUGGCUGAUAAAUUCCAUAAUGUUAUUGCCUCCAUGGCUAGUCCCGCCUCCAACCAAUUGGCUGAUUUGAACAUGGCCUUCAGAGAUUUGAGCAAUAUGCACGGUUAUAUCAAUGCCUCCACUCCAUUGCCCACCAUGUCAUGGUUGAAGACUGAAUUUGAUUUCAAUACCAAGGGACCCAAAACCACCCGCCAUGCCCAGGCUAGCUGGCCCAACGAUAAGGCUUUCUUCAAAUCCCAGAGUACUUUCAAUGAAAAGGCUGGUCAAUCGGAGGCCAAGGGUAACAUUGAAAUCGAAGUUCCCUUGCUAAGCCGUCAUCGUGCCGAAAUCGAAUAUAACUUGCGUGAAAAGAACGGCAAUGACAAUGGUUUUGUUAAGGCCAAAUAUAAUGAUAAGCAAGUGUUGAAUGGUGUCUACAAAUCGGUUAAGGAUACUAAGGGUUCCGUGACCACUGUUACACGUGAUAUCACCUUGGAAAAUGAAAUGAAACCUUUGGGUAUUAAAUAUGUGAACAAGCAGGAUAAGGGUAAACCUGAGGAAUUGGUCGAUGUUAAACGUUUGGAGGUAUAUGAACUGAAGAAUGCUGCCAAUUUCAAGUUGUCCGGAGAAUUGACCCAUGUUACCAAACCCAAUGGUCAUGAUGUUAAAUUGGUGGCCAGCCAUCCCAACCGCACUGUGGUAUGGACCAGCAGCUAUGACAAGAGUGAACCCAAUAAGAUUAAGGGUAGCAGCCGUUUGGAAUUGUCCGAAGAUGCCUGGUUGGCCUACAAUUUGGAAUUGACCAAUAAGACUACGGAUGGUGUGGUUUCUCAUGCCUAUGUUGUGGGUCUCUCCUAUCCCAAACGCAACUUGGCCACCGAGGGUACCUACACCGUUACCGACGACCACCUUGUCUCCGAUGCCGUCUUCAAGUGGAACAACUAUUUGGACGAUGACAUGAAAUCGGUACGCACCGGUCUCGACUGGAAGAAACAACCAUUGACCGAGGGUGUUGAUUUGGACCAUCAAACUGUGGUGUUCACCAUUGGCCAUCCCUACCUCGAAAAGGACAUCACCAUUAAGGGUAAAUACUAUCGCGGUGUUGUUGAGCUCUUGAAUACCAAUCUCGUCAUUGACUAUGCCAAUGAUGAGGCCCAUGCCAUUAAAAUGGGUGCCCUGAUCAAGGACUUGCAAAAGGAAUUGGGUCAUGCCAACUACACCCUGCAGGUGUAUGCCAACCAUGAAGCCUCCGACAUUGAUUUGCAAUUCAAUGGCUCGAUGGCUGCCAAACCGGCUCACUACAAGACCGAGGCCACGGCCAGCUAUAAGAAACAAUAUUUCACCGAAAAGAGUGGCCAGUUGUUGGCUCUGCUCAAUCUCGAUGACAAAGAAUUUGAGUAUAUUCGUGUAACUCCAUCACGUAGCGUACGCCUGUAUGGUAAACCCUACAUUAAUUAUCCCAUUUAUGGUUUGAAUGCCUCCGUGUGGGAUACUCCCGAAACUAAUAACACCGGCUAUAUUUACAUUGAUCUGCUAAACAAAUAUCUACGAGCCGAAGUCAAUUUAACCGAAGAUGAUAGUCAAAAUUUGCAAAUGGUUGGCACUAUACCCGAUUCUCGCAGCGCCUAUUUGGAUAUUUGGCGUAACUAUGAAGAAAUUCGCAUAAUCGAUGUCACUUCCUAUUUGAAAAUGAAUCAUUCGCGUUUGGUAACCGGGCGCUUCCAUUGGCGUCCACAAGUCAAGGAGGAAUUGAAAGAGAAAAUAUUCACAGUUAGUUCGGGCAUUUACAGUUCCUUCUCGGAUGGUUUAGAUUUUUGGAUUAAGGCCAUCUACACAGAGGCUGUGGAUUCCAUUGACAUCAUGUGGGAUACGGCUAAGCGUUAUAAUAAUGCCUUCUUUGAUGAUCUGCGGGAGUUGUCCGAAUUGGAAGAUGACAUCACCGAACUGAGGAAUUUCAUCAAUGAAUCGUAUGAGGCCAAUGAUUUCUAUAUUAAGGAUGUUAUCAGCUUCCUUUUGGCCAUACUCGAUGAAUUGGCCAUUAAGGAUCACAUUGAGUCGUUGCCAAAGAUAUUCUCGGAAAUCUGGCAAUCGAUGGGUGAAUCUGGUAAAGCUUUACGUGAAAGUAUCAAAAGGAUGAUUGAGAACAUAAAGAGGUCCUACAAUGAGUUCUUGAUUCACGUGGGACGUUUCUUCCGUGGUGAAGGUUUACAAUAUGUAUCCGAGCUAUUGGAACAGGGCGUACACAAAUAUGAUCGCUUUGUCAAGGAUCUGCAUAUUUCGUUUAUUAAAUAUGUGGAGAAUUUGUGGUCAAAGGCCUGGGCCAAUCUCACCAAUUACUGGAAGGGUGUAUUCAAGCGUAUCGAACCACAUGUCUUCAAAUUCAUAAGUCAAAUUGAAUCCGCUUUGUGGGAUCUAAGCAAGGAGCUUUUCGAUUUCAUUUACAAACGAACAAAUGAAUUGGCUGAGUCCCCGUAUUUCAAUAAGGUAUCCAGUUUUACCCAAGAUGUGGAUCGUCUAUAUCGUGACAUCAAAUCCCAUGAUGCCAUAACAAAUAUUCGAAAAUAUUCGGUGAUUAUUUGGAAUUUCCUCAAAGAGAAAUAUUUCAAAUUGGUACCAUUCGGCACGGAACUCAACGAAGUGUUGACAGAAAUUUGGGAAGAAAUCAAGGAGCUGCAAAAGAUCGAACAAGUGGACUUUGUCGUUCAGAAAUACAAUGAAAUUAAGGAGAAAUUGGAAUGGGUUGCCAAGGAAUUGGAAUUGGAGACACGUCUACACAAAUUGUAUGCCCUGCUAUUGAAUAAAUUGCAAAAUUAUGCCAACAAUGCCUUGGAAACAGCCGAUAAAUAUCGUGAAGCGAAAACCAAGUUUAUAUUUGAUCCUGAGGCUGGCAUGAUGGAUUUGGAACAGAAAUUGCCAAUGUCAUGGCAUGCAUUCAAUGAAACGCCACGUUAUGAGGAGAUACCGGAGUUGAGGGUAUUGGCGAAGAUACAAAAUGUCUUGACCAGUACAAAUUCAUCGCUUAUCCGUUAUAUCUACAAUUUGAAAUCACAUUUGGAUCCGAAGACAUGGUUGCCACCAUAUUAUUCCCGUGCCUUGCUUAUCGAUUCCCGUCACUACAUGACCUUCGAUCAACGUUUUGUCGGUUUGAAUCUGCGCUUCGAGGAGAUGACGGAUAAUCAACGCAACAUGCAGUGUUCAUAUUUGUUGAGCCAUGAUUUCUUCCAGGGCAAUUUUACGCUGUUGUUGGAACCAUCGGUAACUGUUAGCAGUCGCGAUGUUGUAUCUACCCGGAAACUAAGUUUCAUUGCCAAUGAUCAGCUAAUCGAAAUUGAUUUGGGUACUGAUAGCAUAACCAUCAAUGGCGAUCCCACAUAUCUAUUGCCCUUGAAACUGGGUGGAGUCACCAUAACCCGCGAUUUGGAUAUCCUCACAAUAACCUCAGAUACCGAAUUCAGUUUGAGUUGCAAUGUACAAUUCGAUUUGUGUUGGUUCGAGGUUAGCGGUUGGUACUUUGGACAAACAGCCGGUCUAUUGGGCACGAUGAACAAUGAGCCCUUCGAUGAGUACACCACUUCGUUUAAUAAUAUUACCACCGAUUUGAGUGAAUUCACCGAUUCAUGGAGUGUCAAUGGUUGUAAGCAAAAAAUGAAACCUGCCACAGCUCAGAUGAUUGUGGCGCCUGAAGUCGGUGCUAUUUGUGAUCAUUACUUUAAGUCCGGCAUGUUGUCGGCCUGUGCCGAUACUGUGGAUCCCAAGCCAUUCUAUGACAUCUGUUUGGAUUUGGGUGGCAAUUCGAAUGAAGUGAAACAGGGUCAUCCGGCCAAUAAGGGUGCUUGUACAGCGGCCUUGGCCUACAUUGAGGCCUGUGCCAGUGCCAAGAUUCCGAUGAGGGUGCCGGAUAAGUGUAUUUACUGCCAACUGACCAAUGGCACCUAUGUACCGGAAGGCACCUUUGUGGAGUUAUCCGCCCCAGAAAUACCACGCAGCAGUGAUGUGGUCUUCAUUGUAGAGGCUAAACCUUGUAAUGAGAAUCUCAAGGAAAACAAAAACAUAAUGACGGUGGUCUCCACCCUGGAGGAACAGCUGCAGGCCAAUGGCUUGAACAAUAAUCGUUAUGCAGUGGUAACCUUUGGCGGUAAAGCACCCUUCGACACUCCACGCAGCAUUUAUUAUGAGAACUCUGUGUUCACCCAUGACUAUCAGAAGUUGGAACAAUACUUCGAUCACAUCAAUACCAAUAAUGGCACCAACAGUGACAUCCUGCAGGCCAUUUCAGUUGCCUCACGUCUCGACUUCCGCCCGGGAGUAUCGAAAACAUUUAUCCUACUAUCCUGCAGCAAUUGUGCCGCUGGCAACAUGCUCUUCGAUUACAGUUCCAUUUUACAAUUUAUGCAAGAGGAGGGGGUGAAUCUUCACAUUCUAGCCGAUACGGAAUUUGAAUUUGAGAAGACGCGUAAAUUGCGACACUUCUUCGGUAUGGAUCGUGAAUUGGUCUAUUCGAAGCGUUUCCCCGAAGGAGAUGCCGACACUCGUCACGCUCUCUACAUUCCAAAGAGUAAUUUAGGUAUUUGCACUCCCUUGGCCAUGGAGACAAAUGGUUCGGUGUUCAGUGCCCGUAAGUUACAACCCGAACGUAAAUAUCCCAUUAAGAGAUUGGCCACGAUAUUUGCUAAACGUGUAGCCAAGAGUGCGGUACCAUCCGAGAAUUAUACAUGUGAAUGUUCGGGCCAUAAUAGUGGAGUGGCAUAUAUGGCAUGUACACCAAGUACAUACCCCGUGGAGUCAUCGAGUUUGGAUGAUUAUGACAAUGAAUUCAGUGAUUGGGAAUGGGAUGAAGAGGAUAUGAACGAAAUGGAUCAAUAAUGUGAUGGUUGAAA